AUGGCUACAUGGUGGAACUCUGAUACUUUGUUGCGGUUGGAUCGGGCUGUUUGUACUCCUUCAUGGGUUGAUAUUUUUAACCAUGCUAGAGUACUGCAUUUGGCGCCGUCUGACUCUGAUCAUGUUCCGGUAUUACUAAGAGCGAGUACUGCACCACUGAUUGCAAGACGUAGGGCUCACCGCUUCAAAUUUGAAGCGUUUUGCUUGCAGCACCCAGAGUGUGACGGUGUGGUGAAGGAAGCAUGGGGAACAGAUGUUUCGGGUACUCCUAUGUUCUGUGUAACGAAGAAAGUUAUGCAUACUGGGAUUCGUUUGAACAAGUGGCAAAAGGAGGUGUUCAAGGGCCGACAAUUACAAAUGUUGGGCAUUCAUACUAGGUUGGAAGAGUUACUGAGUGUCUUCCCAUCAGUGAGUGUACAAAAUGAGAACAAAGAGCUGACUGAUAAGCUCCAGAGCUUGUUGUUCCAGGAGGAAUUGUUUUGGAAGCAGCGGUCAAAAAUUACUUGGCUCAAGGAAGGGGAUCGAAACACCGGUUUUUUUCACCGGAAAACUGAGAAUAGGAAACGCAAGAACUCAUUGCAAGGCUUAUUUGAUGUUACGGGACAGUGGCAGGAUAAAGAUGAGGGUAUUGAGAAUGUGAUCACCACUUAUUUUUCUAAAAUGUUUCAAGCAUCCGAAAUUGAUGUUGAGGCUUUGAAUUUAACUCUGGAGGACAUUGUCCCUAGGGUUCUCAUGAGAUGA